CUUGCAUUCCGGGAAAGGAAGGUCGCUUUAUUCCAAGUUUCCUUCCGAACAGGAAAAGGAAAUGUGUGGCAGAAGCAGAGCGGGCAUCUCAAUCUUCCUUCACUCGAAGAACCGAUUUCAAUCACAGUUGGGGGCUGCUUUACGAGGUCUGUGAUCUUCAAUCGCCGUCGCUGCCGUCUAGUAUGGGACAAAUCUUGGGGAGAUUUGGAGGAAAAGAAUGGAGGAUUAAGAAGUUGAAGACGAUAUCAGACAGGAUAUUCGAUAAGAUCAAAAAACAAUCAGAUAAGGAGGAGCUGUCAUUUGAAGAACUAUAUAUUGCCACGUUACUUGUGUUCAAUGAUAUUAAUAAGCUGUUGUCUGGCUCACAUCAUGAUCCGCCUUCAAGGGAACAUUUCAAACAACUCAUAAAGGAACACGAUCGCAACAAGAACGAAAAAAUCGACAAUGAAGAAUUUUUUGGUUUUAUGAUGGAGUUGACAUCUGAAACGUUCCAAUCAGUGAGCCAGAAAUUAGUCCUCACUUUGGUGAUUGCACCAACCAUCGCAGUGUUCACAAAGAAACGUACUGAAGGAGUUCCAGGCGUUGGAAAACUGGUGCAAAAACUCCCCUCUUCAGCAUAUGCUUCCAUUAUCACUCUUGCUGCUGUGCUGUUUCAGAGCUCUCAGCAGCCGCUUCUUAAAUGAUCAGUUGAGACUCCUCUGUUUUCCUUCCUUUGUUUUUUUGCAUUUAUGUGAUUGUGAACUAAUGAUCACUUGAACUUUGAGUUUGAAUUUGAAUUUUGUAUUUCAUGUAUUUUGUUUCUGUAUAUGGCUGUUCAUCCUUUUCUUUCC